AUGAGGUCUGGUGGUGGACAGUCCCUUUGUCUCCCAGCCCUGGGUGGACAAAGGGGCUUCCGGAAAGAGAGAAAGAGGAUGGCCAGUGGAAAUGGUCUCCCUCCAUCCUCGGCCCUGGUGGCCAAGCGUCCCUCCGCCCUGGGGCCAUUCCCCAGAUAUGUCUGGAUCCACCAGGACACACCCCAGGAUAGCCUCGACAAGAUUUGCCAUGACAUCUGGAAGAGAGUUCAGGGCUUGCCGGAAUCCCUGCAGCCCAGGACCUCGUUGGAGAAACUCUCUGCCCCCAUGACUGCGACUGUCAGCUUCCAAGACGAAGCUUUGGAGCUGAGCAGUGGCAAGGAUGAGAUCUCCCUACUGGUGGAGCAGGAGUUCUUAAGCCUCACCAAAGAACAUCUCGUCUUGGUCCAAGAGGGCUCUGGGGAGCUUGCAACACCUAUUGUCACUCCCCAGGGGACUCGAGAGCUGGCGCCCUGCUUUCUUGUGCCUCCUCUCGGGGUAGACAGCACUGAGUAUGCAGGGUCCUCCAUAAUGGCUGGUGACAAGCUUCGGGAGCAGAAGUUAUCCAUGCCCAUCAUCGGUAGCAGGCAGGACUCUGAUUCUGCCAUGUCUACAGUCACGGACAUCCUUCAUGCUGCCAAGAUCAAGAGUGUCAAGGGGACUAAGGACAAGGGCCAUAGUCUGGGUGCCUCAAAUUCGGAGAUCAGCAAGCUCCUGGCCCAGUUCCCGCUGAAGUCUACUGAAAUGUCCAAGGCCCCGGACAACAAGAUGGUAUUGGAAGAGACCAAGGUCAUUAAGGACUUCCUGCAGAAUAGCAUGUUCAAUGGCUCCAGACCCCGAGAGCCUAUGGGGCUGGGCCCAUUCCUGCUGCUGCCACCACCACCUCCUCCCGCACUCCCUGACAAGAUCCCUGAGUUCUCUCCUCCAAAGAGGCAGCUCCCAGUGUUUGCCAAGAUCUGCUCCAAGACCGAGGCUGACCCCAAUCUUGAGGGCCACCACUGGAUUGAACGAACCCCUGGCACCAAAGAGCUGGCCAAAGGUCGAGAGAGCCUCUUUCUUAGCCAGUGGCCCCAGAGCCGGAAGGACACCAGUGGUGAGGAGGCUCACAGUGACACAGUGGGCACCAUCUCUGUGACUCUGCCAACCAAGAAGCCUGUGUGGCCAGUUGAGAAGAACCUGCUCUAUGAGUUCUUUGGGACCACCAAAAACCCCAGCGGGCAGCUGAGGCUUCGAAGCAAAGUAGAUAUGGACGGGCUGGAUCUGAAAUUUAACCCACCUGCGACGACACCAGUGCCAGACAAGAACAACAUUAAGUAUGCUGGGAACGUUUUCGCCCCCCGCUUCACCACAGCCUUGACCUCCACCACCCUGAACCAGCCUCUCUGGCUCAAUCUGAACUGUCCACCUCCACCGGUGUUUUCCAGCCACUCUACCUUCCCACAGUAUCAGGGCCUGUACCCACAAAGGUCAACCAGGAUGCCCUACCAGCAGGCCGUGCACCCCCCACUGGGGUGCUACUCCAGACAGGUGACACCGUACAAUCCACAGCAGAUGGGCCAGCAAAUCUUCCGCUCUUCCUACACCCCCCUGAUGAGCUACAUCCCCUUCGUCCAGCCCAACUACCCCUAUCCUCAGAGGACACCCCAGAAGCUGUCGGCCAAUCCCCGAGACCCUCCCCCGAUGGCAGGAGACGGGCCUCCAUACCUCUUCCCCCAGGGAUAUGGGUUCAACUCGGCGCCCAGCGGACCCGUGAUGAACAGCCCUUAUUUUUCCUCCAGUGGGAAUGGCAUCCGCUUUUAG